CUUAAAUGGAAACUUAUUAGCUAAAGAAACCAUCUCUAGAAUUGCCUAGCUUAUAAAUUAUCACACCUUGAGAACACCCUGCUUUAAUGAGACCUGGUCUGGCCAUUAUUUAGGUUGGAAACAAUCCAUCAUCUUUAACAUAUGUUCGCAAGAAGAUAGCUCUCUGUGAAGAAAAUGAAGUACAUCAUGAACUCCAUCAUUUUCCAGAGAGCAUCACUCAGCAAGAGAUCGUUCAUUAAAUUAGAACUUUAAAUUAGCAAGGAUCCAUUGAUGGAAUCCUUGUUCAACUUCCUUUGCCACCUCAUCUAUCCAGAUUGGAAAUUUCCAACGAAAUCAAACCAAGUAAAGAUGUAGAUUGUUUACACAUGGCCAAUUUUCAAAAUCUUCUAUAAAAUGGGGAGGAUAACGACAUUAUACCAUGUACACCAGCUGCAGUGCUUCAUAUCUUGGACACAUAGGAAAUUGAUGUGAGAAAUCAGAAUGUUACUGUGAUUGGUAGAAGUCAGUUAGUUGGAUUCCCAUUAUCAGUUUUGCUUCUGAGAAGAAAUGCUAAAGUCACUAUCUGUCAUUCCGAAACAACAGUCUAAGAACAUGUACAAAAAGCAGACAUUGUGAUUUCAUGUGCAGGUCAUAAAGAAUUGGUCAAAGGGGAAUGGAUCAAAAAUGGAGCAAAAGUUAUUGAUGUUGGAAUUACUAGGAUUCCAGGAACCAAUAAGAUUGUUGGCGAUAUCGAAUUCCAAAAAGCGCUUUCUAAAGUCAGUUUCAUUACACCAGUCCCAGGAGGAGUAGGUCCUUUGACUGUUUCUAUGCUAUUUAAAAAUCUAUAUAGAGUAUGGUGUCGAUCAAAUGGUUUAAAGCUUAACAUUGAUGAACAGGAUGAAGAAUUGGAUUAUGCUUAAAACUACUAAUUCUGA